UGUGGGAGCAGUUGCUGGGCCUGAAAGAUUUCUCUGCGAGGGAGUUACAUGGAAUAUUGUCACAAGCCCUACCACGGAGAAUUGAAAGAAGGAAGUGGGAGUUUCGUUUUGCUAAUGUACUAUUUAUAUUUGUGUGGAUUAAGUUAGUUUCCCUAUCACGUAUGGGUUUUCUUUUUUUACCUUGUUUUGGUUUCAACCCGUCCAGUUGGUGGCGGCAAUAGACAAUUUGGGGUUGUAGUCCCGCCAUCAAACCCACAGAAGAAGAAGGGUCUUCUGGUGUGUUCAAACGUGUCUGGUCCAGCGAUAUAAGGGAAUAGCGAGCUGAUCAUGGCUGAAGAAGAACCCCUAGGUGGCGCUCAGCAGGUACUGRGUCGUCUGAAGCCCAAGUUGAUCGAUACUCUAAGUGCAGACCCUGCCUUUGUGCUGCAGCAUGCAGACUCCCUCAGCCUACUGGCCCGGCAUGAGUACAAGCAGGUCAAAGCCCUCACUGACCCAUCAAAACAGGCCCAGGACCUUCUGGACCAUGUGAUCAACAAAGGACCCACUGCUGCAGAGCAGCUUCUGCAGCUCCUGAGGGGCAAAGAAAUGCAGGAUACGUUUCCCAACCUUCUGUUCCUCAAGGAACUGCCAGUGAAUGAUCAAAGAGCUGCAGGUGAAAAAGGUACAGGGGGAAAUGAAGUUACCAGAAAGAGAAGACAAACAUUUGAGUCCGAAGAGAACCUUCCCGUUAAACAGACAUGCAAGGAUGGCUCUAAGAUGGUGGUGGAGAAGGAUCUGAUGCGUGUGGCUCAAAAUAUCGGUCGCUCCUGGAGGGCAAUUGGUACAGGGGCCCUAGACAUCCCCUCUGUCAAGCUGGAUCAGAUCCUGGAGGACUAUCCACACAGCCAUGUGGACCGUGUGUUCGCCAUGCUGCGCUACUGGAGCACACUGAAACGGCAUGAGGCCACGGCGGCCAAUCUCCACUCCCUGCUCAGCCAGGACGACUGGGCCCUGCUGCCAAACAGCAUAGACUUUCUCCUGGACCCCAUCUUAGACCCUUAGCAGUCUGGCCUUAGCUGCUAUUGCAUCAUUUCCACUGCAGGGAUUUACCACAGUGCUUGGCCUCAGACUUUAGUGUUUCCAUGGUUGAGGUUUAGUGGGGAAAGGGCGUAACCGGUGGGAUUUAAACCCAAGUCUUCUGCAUGGUAACUCAACGUCUUUACCAUUAUACCAGGAGGAAAUCCUCAUGGUCAGACUGGGUGACAAUUGGUCUUUUAUUUUGUUAUUUUUUUUACCAGAUCAGCUUUAAAAACCCUAUCUCUUUUAUACAUUUGUUUUGCAUCAUCUCUUGUUUUGUUAAUUCUUUAUUUGUAAAAAUAUAUAUAUACACUACCGUUCAAAAGUUUGGGAUCACUUAGAAAUGUCCUUGUUUUUUAAAGAAAAGCAAAAAAAAWUCCAUUAAAAUUUAGCAGAAAUAACGUAGAUGUUGUAAAUUGUAGCUGGAAACAGCAGAUUUUUAUAUGGAAUAUCUACAUAGGCGCACAGAGGCCCAUUAUCAGCAACCAUC